AUUGUUUUGCGCACUGUACAUCUGAGUUUCGUAUUAGUCAAACGACAUGGAUCGCAGGAAGUGCUUGAUACUAUUUUUUAUCGUGAAUAUAGUGUUCAUUGUUGGAGCAUGGAAAUCAAGUACAGAAGAUUCGAAUCUUCCGCGAGAAGCAAGAAGAGGUGUCCACUACCACUCCAAACGGCAUAUGCUUCCUAAGGAAGUAGACCGAAAAAGAAGAAUUAGCACAUCAAAACCGGGACGAGAGCUCAGGAAAAAGCCUGCAGGUCAUUUGAAACCCUUAGAAGACGAUGACAUGGAAAACGAUGAAGUUGUAUCAGUAGCCAUUGGUCCACCACCCAUGAGGCCAAAAUUCGAAAAGCCUCAUAAACGUCCUCCACCAAUAAAACCAAAGCCUAAAAUCAACAAUACUACAGCCAUAAACUUUGCAAAAGACAUUUUACACCAAUUAGGUACUGAGUUCAUAUUUCACCAAGUUAAUGAAGAUUUCGUGUUUGGCCAAUUUAUUGGGAAUUCAAUUAGAAAUUUGACGAGUGAGUUGAAGAUUAAAAUGCAACAUGACAUACUGGAGUUGAUAAUGAAAUAUCAGAGGUUGAAUCGUGGCGAUGUUCCAGUGAAGCCUGAAGAAAAAUACACUACACAUGGUUUGAAAGAUAUCAAAGUGGAAAAGAAAAGUAAUGAUACAGAAGAAUCUUGGCCAGAUUUUACUAAUUUGGCCAAAAUUGUUGGUUGAAACCUUUUAAGGUGCACUUCAAAAAAUUAAAGACUUUUUUAUUUAUUUAUAAAUCUACACUGUCUUCGUGAAUAUCCUGUAAAAUGAGAUCUUUUUGGGGAUUUAGUCUCUAAAGCCCUGUAUUGAAAUAUUUCCACUAAUAUGGUAUGGAGAACAUAUUACAAUCGUCAAGUGUUAUCAAAAAAUUAACUAUUGAAACAGAUUUUGUUUCUUCUCACCUUCAUCAUCAUCAACCCAUAGACAUAGCUGGACAUAGUCUCCAUGAUGACCAUUUCGGAUAAACUAUACUAAAAUCAAAAUGACACUAAAACUGACCAUGUGUGUCGGAUACUUUAGAUGCGUCGUAGUAUCUAAAUUAAAAUCUUCUUUUUCUCCACCUUGUCCCACUAGUUGUGGUCUGCACAGCUAAUUUUUCUCUUCCAUUCUCUUCUAUCAGCCGUCAUCUCAACACUCACUCCUCUCUCUCUCAUAUCGUCAUUCACACACUCCAUUCAUGUCUUCUUCGGUCGACCUCUUCCCCCUCUACCUUGCACUACCAUUUCCAUACAUCUCCUAGUCAGAUGCAUCUUCUCUCUACGCAUCCCAUGUCCAUACCACGAUAACCGUCCGCUCUUUAAUUUGUUGUCAAAACUAAAACAGUAACAAAAAAUAUAUCUUUGUAAAAAUACACAACACGACAAAUCCCCCUAUACGCAGAUCCUUAUCAUAAAUCAAGUCAGGAAUAUUUUAACGCCAUAAGUUUCAACCACGUUGCUUCAGCGAAUCGUUGUUAUAAUCCAUAAUCUGAUUAAUGGUUUUAAUCGGAUUAUUUCGGGGCUUUGAAAGCCUCCGAGUUACGGUCUCGUAAAAGCUUGUCCGAGACUACGUGAUUUAAAAUUUUAUGUGUAGUUGCAUGUAGUGUAGCGUAUUUAAUGUGUUUAUUUAUGAAAAAAUAUUUAAAUAAUUGAACGCACUCUACAAUAAUCAGUAGAAAAAAAUAAAUUAUUUGUGAUAAAA